AUGGAGCACGAUGUUAGUCAAGAUAAUCUGACCAACACUCCUUUACAGCCGAAAUCUAUAUUGUUGAAGGAUGGGGAAACAACGGCCACCAUGUAUCCGAUUCCGGCAAAUGCAGAGCAGGUUCCAGCUGGUCUGCUGGCGUUUCUGCUAGACGAAUUCAACAUGGAAAUUGAAAAAGGUGAUAGUUUGCCGUAUUACGAAUCCCUAACGGUUGAUAGAUUUUGCGAAACAUGGUUUCAUGCUGAAGGAUUGGUAUGCGUUAUGGUGCUUGGCGAAAUUCCAGAACUCGAUUACAGUAAUUCUGUUGAUUCGGGUGAUUCUGCGGCUGCUUGUGACGACCCGCAAGCGGAAAUUACGAGACACACACUUCAGUACAUGCGACGUAAGGAACGUCGGAAUCUGAACUUGAAUAUACAAUGGGAAAAACAGUGCUUAGGAGCGUUCAGUCUGCAGCCCGCGUACCCUGGACGUUCUUCGCAUGUGGUGACCGCCUCAUUUCUCGUGAAUGCAGGAAUCAGGGGUAAAGGAAUAGGGAGAACUUUGGUAGAGUGUUUCUUGAAUUGGGCACCUCAGCUUGGUUUCACAUCGUCAGUUUUCCCGCUGGUUUAUGGUACGAAUGUCGGAAUACGACGUAUCUUGGAGACAUUGAAUUUUAGAAGGGUUGGGAAGCUGCCAGAGUCCGCAAUUCUCAAAGGUUGUGACGUCCCGGUAGAUUCCUUCAUUUAUGCGAAAGAAUUCACCCACGUAUCCAAAAGCAUUGACUUACUGAACGAGCCCAAUAAGCACUUUGCUAAAUAUGAACGACUGCGGUACUAUCUUGAAAGUGGUAAAUACCCCGAAUAUUGCGAUAGAACUGAAAAGGCGAGACUACGUGCUAGCGCCAAAUAUCAUAUGGUUCAAAAUGGGAAACUGAUGCGUCAAGGUAGAGAAGUUGUUUACGACCCAGAAAAGCAGUUAGAAGUGGCCUUUGAAGUGCAUCAAGUGGCACAUCAAGGUAUCAACAAAGUUACAACAAUUCUUGCCGAGCGCUAUCACUGGAAAGGCAUAAAAAACACUGUGGCACGGAUUGUGGCCGCUUGCCCACUCUGCAAGAAUAAUCAACACGGCGAUAUUGGAAUAGUUGUAGAGGCCGGAUCCCCACAACAACAAGCACGUAUGGCCGUUCGCAGCAAUGAAGUGGACGACUCCUCUCAGUUAAGCAAAAUGGCUGCUGCUGUAAUAGGUAGCUUGCAAGGUCCUUUGUCACACUCAGACCGAAUCGCGACGGAGGACAUGCCAUCCAAUAAAAAAUCCAAACCUAGCAUUCAUCGACUGAAAUUUAAUGGGCACGAUAAAACUCGUAUUGAUACACAAGAAAUUUUGGGGAAUGAUCAGUCCAUGAAUAGCUUCAACUCAUACACUCCCUCACAAACAAACACGAAACGCCGCUACCUGGAUGUAGCUUUGAGCUCUGGGUCAGGUAAAAACUCUAGUGUCUCUCUCAAUGACAUUUCCAGCGGGCCUGCAACAGUUGAAAUAGACGAUCCCGAUGAUACGCAUAUGGUUGACGAUGCUCUUUUAAACCUCGAGGACAACGUCAUGGCUGCUGUCGAAGCGGUUCAGCGUAAUAAACGUAAAAAUGAUCAAUUUGAGCAUGGCUCUGAUGACCAGCACUUUUUCUAA